UGACUCCACCUCGGAGUCCGAGGGGAGGGAAGAGGAAAAAAUAAAAAAGAGGAGAAAGAGGAAAAGGAAGAGGGCAGAGCGCCGCGCACGGACCGCGGGCAGCCCCGUCCCGCUCCCAGCAUGUUCCAGUGGAGGAAGACCAUCUACAAAACGGUUUGCCUGUCCUUCCUGCUGGUGGUCACGGUGACGGUGCUGCAGCGGGGAAUGGCCCCCCGCCAGUUCAUGCAGGGCCAGCAGCAGAAGGAGCUGCCCGCCCUGGAGCCCCUGAAAAUGCAGAAGAGAGGCGACGCCUUCUCCGUCACCAGCACUUUCUGGAAGAGCAAGAAAGAGAAUGUUGCCAUGAAAGUGGAGGAGGAGGAGGAGGAGGGGGUGACAGAGAAGCAAGCGAAGUCGUGGGAUGUCACCACUGCCAACUGCUCGGCCAACCAGAACUUCAGCAAGGUGGAGUGGUUCAAGGGGCUGGAGCCCAACUUCCAGCAGUUCCUGCUCUACCGGCACUGCCGCUACUUCCCCAUGCUGAUCAACCACCCCGAGAAGUGCAGCGGGGACGUCUACCUGCUCAUCGUGGUCAAGUCGGUCAUCACGCAGCACGACCGCCGCGAGGCCAUCCGCAGGACCUGGGGCCAGGAGAAGGAGGUGGAGGGCAAGAGGAUCAGGACGCUCUUCUUGCUGGGCACGGCCUCCAAGGAGGAGGAGAAAGCCAACUACCAGAAGCUGCUGGAUUACGAGAACCACAUCUACGGGGACAUCCUGCAGUGGGAUUUCCUGGACAGCUUCUUCAACCUGACCCUCAAGGAGGUGCACUUCCUGAAGUGGCUGAACAUCUACUGCGACAACGUCCACUUUGUUUUCAAGGGUGACGACGAUGUCUUCGUGAGUCCCAGCAACAUCCUGGAGUUCCUGGAGGACAAGACGGAGGGAGAGGACCUCUUCGUGGGGGACGUCCUCUACAAGGCCAAGCCGAUUCGGAAGAAGGAGAACAAGUACUACAUCCCCAGUGCUCUCUACAACAAAAGCAACUACCCGCCCUACGUGGGGGGUGGGGGCUUCAUCAUGGCUGGGACCCUGGCCAAGAAGCUGCACAAGACCUCGGAGACGCUGGAGCUGUACCCCAUCGACGAUGUCUUCCUAGGGAUGUGCUUAGAGGUCCUCAAGGUAUCGCCCAUCGGGCACGAGGGCUUCAAAACUUUUGGCAUCGUGAAGAACAAGAACAGCAAGAUGAACAGGGAGCCGUGUUUUUUCCGGAGUGUGUUGGUGGUUCAUAAACUGCUGCCCCCGGAGCUGCUCCAAAUGUGGGACUUGGUCCACAGUAACUUGACGUGUUCGAGAAAACUCAACAUCCUUUAGCUCAGUCUCUCUGGAGAGCUGGGACUGGAGGGGCCGGGGCAGCUGCUCCCUGCCCCGGGGUGCGGUGAGCCUCCGCUCAUGGCACACGAGGAGGGCAGAGGCUCCACGGCCACGGGCAGGGCUUGUGAUAGUGUUUGUUCCUGUACUGUAAUGUGGUUCACUUAUCUCCAGCUGGGUUGGGGGUUGCUGAAAAGAAAAAAAAAAAGAAAAAAA